AUGAAUGUGACCGAUCCAUAUUGUCUCACACUUGCUCUAUUUUCCCUUACGUUUGUCUUGUCUCUCGCUAUACGUUACUUGAGAAAACCAAAAGGUGAUCAGCUGCCUCCAGGCCCAACGGGAUGGCCGAUAAUUGGGAACUUGUUCCAGAUGGUCAUGAACCAGCCGACUCACCUAUGGAUCCAGCGCGUCAUGGAAAACAUGCAAACGGAGAUAGCUUGCUUCCGCUUCGCCGGCGUCCACGUCAUCGCCGUAACAUCAAGCGAGAUUGCCCGAGAAGUGCUUAGGGAAAAAGACGAGGCUCUCGCAGACAGAGCAGACUCCUACUCAGGCAAUCUCAUUAGCCAUGGCUACAAGGACAUUAUUUUCUCUCCCUGUGGAGAGAGUUGGAAGCUGAUGAAGAAAGUGAUGGUCACCAAACUAAUGUCUCCUACAACGUUGAACAAACUGCUCGGUGAUAGAACUCUAGAAGCAGAUAAUAUUGUGACGUAUAUCUUUACUCAGUGCCGGUCAAUGACUAAGUCGGUUAACGUGAGGGAUGUCGCCUUAACUUAUUGCCACGCCGUGAUGAUGAGGAUGAUGUUUGGCCAGAGGCAUUUUGAAGAACCUGCGGAGGACGGCGGUCUCGGUCAAAAAGAAAGAGAGCACAUGGACGCAAUAUACCAAGCUAUUGAUUGUUUUUUCAGCUCUAGCAUAUCGAAUUAUAUCUCUUGCCUUAGAGGAUGGAACAUCGAUGGAGAAGAGGCGAAGCUAAGAGAAGCGGUUGAUAUUAUCAACAUGUGCAACGAUCCCAUCAUCCACGAGAGAAUGCAUUUGUGGAGGAAUAAAGGUGGAAAGGAGACCGAAGAAGAUUGGCUCGAUACUCUUAUAAUGCUUAAGGAUGACCACGGAAUGCCUUUAUUCACAUUUGAUGAGAUUAGGGCUCAAUGCAAGUCGUAG